GCCCCGCGAUAGCUCGAAGCUUCCUGUUCUCUCUUCUACAACACAUUUUCGAUUUAACAUCGAAACUCAAUUUCCAAGCUUUAGCGUUAGAGCAUAAUCUUCGAUUUUAAUCUCCGCCGAACAGUUCCUCCAAUUAGUUUUCAUAAGCUCAAUACGUCGUCAUAACCGUCAAUAUGCCUCCGCGACACCAGACGUUACCUCCCGCCCAAACAUCUUCGGCGCGCGCCGCCCUACAAUCCUUCUACUGCGAAUUAUGUUCCAAGGGUUACUCGCGAAUGAACGAUUACGAAGCACACCUAGGCAGCUACGACCAUAGCCAUCGUCAGCGUAUGAAGGACAUGAAGCAGAUGGUAAAAGACCCGACAGCAGGAGCGCGUGCGCGAAAAGCCGAAGCAAAAGCAGACGGUCUUAUCAGCAUCAAACUCGGUGGUGAGCCGAACCCCAGUGGUACGAGCGGUGGUAGCGGAGGGUUCAAGAAGGGAGGGUUUAAAAAGUCUGGGUUCAAGAGUGCGUUUACGCCCAUCGGCGGAGCACCAAAUGACGAGAACAAAGCAAAAGAGGCGGACGCAUACAAUACAAAUAAUAGUAAGGAAGAGAAGCCGAUAUUGAAAGACCUAAACGCAGAAAGCGACACGGAAGACGAAGGAUACGAAGUCUACAAUCCACGAUUUCCUACCGAUUGAAGCGUUUCCGAAGAAUAUUAAUUGCAAAUGAAGAGACGGACCAUAGAUGGCGCGUCGCAACAAUGUACACAACGUAAGAUCCGCCAUCAGAUACCUAGGUAUAUAACCUUUCGCAUCUGGCCUUAUAAGAGGACGAACCAGUCGAACUAUCGCGUCGUGGGAUUAGGUCUACCCUACUGCUGUACGAUCCAGUUGCUGGGUCAUCACGCGUCACGGCUAAAUAUUGCAGAAACGUAUUCAUCGGCAACGUUAGCAAGAUUCCAAGCUUGCGAGUCACAGGAGUAGUCACUGACGAGCUUAUCACCAUCCAUAAAAGCUCCUCUGGAGGUCGAAUGAAAUGAAAUAAUUCGUAAUUAGAUAUUGAUGGAAAUGAUCACAUCGCAGCACAGAUCGAACG